AUGAGAUUGAAGCUAUUUAGAAGAGAUAAUGUCGAAUAUUCUCUACUUACACUUAAAAAAUCACCUAUAGAAAUCAUUCACCGUUUUUCAACAUCUUUUUUUACGCGUGAUACUUUAAUGUCAAAACCUAUUCAUCAAUUAUGACCCCUUGAAAUUCCAAUAAAGGUGUAUGGGACUUCUUCUUUCUAUAUCAUAUCAUAUUGUGUUUUCAGGAAAAUAGUGAUUUCUCUUUUGUGCAGUUUUAAAUUUUCUGGUAUUCAAUGUAAUAAUUUUUUUCAUUAUCAACCUUUAGAAUUACUUUUUUUGCAGUGCAGCAGUUUUCGCUAUAUUUUUGGCAAAUUAAUUUUGAGAAUUCAUGCAGAAAUGAUUCAAGUAGCUAGCUUCGAUAUUUUUGCAUUUUGUUAA